UCGUUCAAUUUGGGUGAGAAAACUCGUCGUCGAACGGCCACACCCGCCGAACUUAUGACCCCAAUGAAAGCAAGCAGAUCUUUAGAAGAGAUUCGUGAGUUGACUGAUGAUAAUGUUGGUGUUGAAGAGCGAACACGCUCACAUUCACCGACAAGUGCUACCACAACCGAAAUUGAUGCCGAAAGCACGGAUAGUAGAGCCGAAUCAGUUUGCUCACCAUCAACUUCAUCGCAUUCGCAUAGAAUAAUUAAUAGGAUUGCGAGCGAUCAAACUCCUCAACGAGAUCAAGGUAUCGUCGAAAAGAUGCCAGUUUCUCGUCAGUCAUCCGUACCGUAUCGGAGUAGAAUCAUCGAAGUGGCAUCAACCAGCAAAUUGGAAUCCAUGAGACAGCAAUCGUCCUUGAAUCGCUCCCAUCGAAAAAAUGGUCGCAUUGUACCGUAUACAGCUCGAACCGCAACCGGACAACGUGAUCGCUCAGCCGCAUCUCGGCUUUUGAUUCGAACACACACGCUUGAUGGUCAUACCAGAGCCGUUCUUUCCGUCUCUGCUAAUGACACCACUGUAAUCACUGGUUCGAAAGAUCGUCUAGCAAAGCUGUGGGAUUUGGAACGUGGUGUAGAACGAUGUACGUUUGGUCUACAUCAGAACAAUGUGAAUUGUGUACGUUUGAUUCCGAACAGUCAUUUAGCACUGAGUGUGUCGAUGUCAAUGGUUCGACUAUGGGAUAUACGCAGCGAAAAGUGUGUUUAUGUGCUUCAUUCGUCAGGACUUGCUACUGAAGGCGAUGCAAUCCCUCCGAGUCCGUCUCGUCAAAACACGGUACCAAUCUCAGAAACUGUUAUCAACGCAGCAGAGCCUGAUCCAACCGGCAGUUUGUUAUUCACAUCGUUUUGUGGUGAUGUUCGAAUCUGGAAAGUGGAUAAAUUUGCAUCUAUCGGUCGUUUAACGGGUGCAGCGCACGGCCCUCGUUCGGAAGUGUCAUGCCUGGCCGUAACGAGUGACCAUAUUCCACGCGUAUUCACAGGUUCGCGUGAUCAUUACGUGAAAAUGUACGAUGUGGCACCGUUAGAUCAAUGUGUUUUCGAGGCGCGCUACGAAUUCAGUCCACCACAUUAUGAUAACGUUACUGCGAUUCUUCCGUACGGAGAUACACUCUUCACCGCCUCCAAAGACUCGGUUUGUACAUUUCAACAAAAUUUCUGA